AAGAGGCAGUGGAUUUAACAUUGUAACUUCUUUAUAGUUCUUGAGAAAAUAGGUCAAAGAAAGUACAUCAGUGAUUUUUAUUUAAAAAGAACAGACUUUUGACACACUUGAGGAUGAUCAGUUCAUUUGAGAUUUUAUACAUUUUGGAUUUUUAAAAAAAAAAAGUCAUUUCUAUCAUACGUUUGAUGUAUACUUUAUUGCAUUUUAAAUAGUAGAAAAACGUGGUUUUGAACUCAAAAUACGACACAGUCCGUACGUUCAUGACUGUGGGGACAAGAGGUUAUGUGGUGCUCUGUACAAAAGCCAGUAAUUGUUCCAAUAAACUCCUGUUUUAAUAUGAAAUAUGUAUUUCAGGUGUUACACCUUUACCUGUUAGGGCUAGGGGCAGAAAAAUGUCAAGGAUUUAAGCACUCUCAAGCAUUAACCUUAAGCCGGGACACACCGUACAUCAAACCAAGCGAACCCUUCUACCAAGCCCCGCCCAUUCAGUUGCUAACUUUGCCCGCCGGUGCUGCUGCAGCUAAGCUAGCUGUUAGCUUAGCUCAUGCGUGUUUGUUGUGUUGGGAUGUGAGCGGAAACAGGGAGCCUCUCCUCCAGCCCGUGUAGACUCUAAACCACAACACCAUCCGGACGCGGGUCCGAUCCAGGAUGUGCUCCGUCGUCGGAUGUGACUCGUGGCUUCGUAAUGCGCAGCGGUUCAAAUUACCGGACGACCCGGAGAGCAGGCUGGUGUGGGUCCAGUUCCUGUUCGAGGUCAACAGACAACGACUGAAGGAGUCGUCCUGGACCGACAUCACCAUCUGCUCCGAACACUUUACCCACGACUGCUUUGAUAACCUCAGUUCGUUACCCGGCGCGGUCCAGCUGACGUCCAGUGCGGUACCGUCUCUGUGUAUCAAGUCAGAACCAGAGGAGCAGGAGCUACCUGAGCACCCCGAGUCCUACCAGGUGAGUGCUGUUUGUAAAGAGGAAAGCGACGGCAGCGUGAGCGAGGGCGUUGCAGACAGCCAUGAGUGUGUGAGCGGAGAUUGUGACGGGGAAGUGAACCAGGUGGAAGAUUUGCCGUUCCACAGUUUGGAUUCCGCAGCAAAGGAGGAGCCUGUGGAAACAACAGACGCUGCUUCUCAAUAUGAUCAACCUGAAGCGGAUGAGAUUCCUUCUUCAGAGUCUGAAGAGUCGGGACCAGCUUCACCAGCUGCCCAGGAAAGCCCAGUGCCGAGUGAUGCUUCAGAUGAUUUCAUGUCUGAUUAUCGUCAGGUGCUACAAAAAGUUGCAAACCUUGACAUAAUCAGGGAAAAAGCUGCACUUCUACAGAUGAAAGGGAAGUGUGUCGUGAAUGAAAACCGCCUCCUCCUCUUGUUCGGCCGCAAAUGCCCGUCGUGUGGUUCUGAGGUGAAGGUGGAGAAGUUCACCUACGGGCUGCUCAUCGUCUUGAACCGACAGUGCCUCCAGUGUGAGUACAGACACCAGUGGAAGAGCCAAUUCCAUGCCAGCAUCCCAGCAGGUGAACAGCUGACAGGAGGCACAGAUGUAACGCCACUGAUCAGAGAGAUAGAAUUGACAGAUGAAAAGCGCAAAACUGCCACAGGCAUCUCUGAGAUGGUUGCUGUUAUUGACGAGGAGAGCGAUACCAUGGAUGAGGUAUCGGGCGAUGAAGAUGACGUGGAUGUAGACGAAGAUUGGGAUCCAACAAAUUUGCUGGAUGACAGGCUUCUUAAUGAUGAAUCUGAUGAGGAUGACGACGACGACGAUGAUCUAGUUGCAGGCAAACACACUGAGCUCUGCUCAGACUGCGGAAAGUUUUUCAAUAAACAGAAGCGCCACACGUGUGAGCACAAAAUCAAACCCUAUUCUUGCAAUAUUUGCGGAAAGAGAUGUGUCACUGAGGCCGCUCUAAGUUCUCACAGCAGAGUCCAUGAUGAAAACUACGAGCACCGCUGCAAAUACUGCUACAGUCCGUUCAAAACAAAGGUGGACAAAAUCACUCAUGAACAGACUCACCUCAGUGAAGAAAAACCCUACGAAUGUCCCGAAUGUCCAGAGACAUUUUCAACAAAUAAGAGGCGCAGAGUCCACCUGGAGGUUCACGGAGGUCCAAAACAGCUGGAAUGUCACAUCUGUGCAUUACCAUUUUACCGUAAGCGCGCUCUUGAAAGACACUUACUUGUCCACACGGGAGAGAGGGCUUUUAAAUGUUCGGUGUGCCAACGUGGCUUCAACCAGCAAAGCCACCUGAAGUCCCACAUGCGUCUGCACACAGGGGAGAGACCUUACAAGUGUCAGCAUUGCGACAAAUGCUUCAAUCACAACGUGAGCUUGAAGAGCCAUGUCCAGCGUUACCAUGCAUCCAACUCCGACAGCGUAGAUGAUGCAGGAGAGACGGGGCAGAAGGCAACAGACAGGAAAAAACGUAAAAGGAGGAGCACAGGGAGACCAAAAGGAAGACCGAAGAGAAAUGCAGCUGGCAACUUGGUUUCGGAGGAAACUCAAGUACAGUGUUCAAACACUAAGGCUGCCAAAGUAAAGGCACGGAAGACAAAGACAACGCGUUGCAGCGAUGAAGAGAGUUAGGACGAUGUGCCCGAGAGGGGCUUAUUAAUAUAUUUUGACUUGGCAGAGGAGAGGAGGAAGAAAGUGACAUCGAGCACAAGUAGAUCGAGAGGAAGGGCAAAACAUUCUGUGAUUUUGACCAAGAACACUUGAAAAAAAAAAAUAAAGCCGUAGAAGACAUAAAAAUUCAUUGAGCUGCACAUGCAGCACUUCAGAUGGUAGGAAGGAACUUUUAAGAUUAAAUCCUGUUAACUGAUGUGUAUACCACUGGCUCAACAAUACACUGAUUUUCCCAGGUUCUCUUGCUGUGUUUUAAAAUAUCAAUAAUUCCAUAAACUCCUACACUGUAUAUGAAUAUCAGAUGUGUUAAUUGGUUCAAAUUUGGUUGCAUUUCACUGGAGCAUUGUGGAGAAAUCUCAUCUCAAAAUCACCUCAAAUGAAUAAACUCUAUUAUUCUUACCUUU